UGUCAGUGCGAGCGUCAGACGCGACGCGAUUCGCGAUCGCGGUGUCCUCCUUUGACAGAACUCCUCUCCCGCAUUGUUUUCAAAAUCAGCAUUACGCGCGACGCGACGCCGUUCAGCGCUGUUCAUCGCCGUUCAUCGAUCAUCUGUGUCGAGGGUCCAGGUCGCAAGAUCCAACACGAGUGCGGAGGAAACGAUUUCGCGAUCGGCUCGCUUAGUAUUUUUAUAAAUAACACGGAAGACUUGUCGAUGUGCGCCUGAUCGAUCGCGCCCGCGCGAUGAUAGGCAUCUAGUUCGCGUUGAGAACAACGCGAAACGAUAAAAGCGCAUCGACAGGUUCUUCAGAUCGAGAAGAUCCGGCAGCCGGCGAUGACUCGGUUUUCCGCGGCGCGCCAAUGUUCCGCGCCGUGCCGGCGGUUCGCCACAGUGACGGACGGCCGGAUGGCGGAAGUCGCGAAUGAACGAUCGUGAAUGCACGGAUCCGACGUCAAUGUCCGUCGAGCUUGUUUCUUGGUCUUGGUCGUCCGUCUGCCGGCAGUCCGCCUACUUUCGUACGUAACGGAAUAGUAAACCACAUAAAUAUCGGGACGGACAGGCCGGGGAACGCCGGCGGCGGCUCUCGAACCCGAUGAUCGAUGCGAAAGUCCGAGGAUAAGUGGACUUUUUUUUCACGCGGCGUUGUUCUUCGAUCUUCUUCUUGAACCGACGCCAGACUCGUGCCGUGAUGCUUCUCGGUUGUUUCAACUGGAGCUUCACGUUUCCAUUCAACGUUCAUUGAAUCCGAUCUGUGAAUUUGAAACUGUCGUCAUCCCAGUGAACCGCUUUGCUCCGGCUGAUGCUCCGUUUCUGUUCGUGCACAAGGAUCGAUCGAUUUGUAAUUGGCAAAGAGCUAAAAGAAGAUCGAAACAAACGUAGAUCUACUAGAAGAGCUACCUGGGAAGGUCAAGAAUGCGUCUACCUACAGAAACGCCAUUAAUCUCGUCUCGCCGGAUGAAAGCGACGCCGGCGUUGUCGCCACGCGGCCCUCGACUUUUGACCUUUGCGCGGUAGAGCUCCGUGCUGAGUUCGAGAGGAUCGAAAAAAGAAAAAUCGCGAGCGAAAGUCUCGUCGGCGAGUAGGCCGUCGUGUUAGAGCGGGGCCCCAGCCCGGCCGACUCGGUUUCACGAUCUCCGCCUCACGAUCUUCGCGCACGCGACUUUCGAGGUCAUGAAGGUCCGAAGCUAUCCCGGCCGGGCGGUUCUGGAGGAUCCCGAGCUUCUCCUGGACCCGGACGCGACGCGCGGCAGGGCCAUGGAGCUGCUGUACGAGGCGAGCUGGCGGGAGUGCGGGGUAAACUGGACCAGCAACGGCGGCGGCGGCAAAAUUUCCCCCAGGCAACCGGACGACGAGCCCUACACCAGGCGACCCUACGCCGACGAGGUGGUGUCGCGGCUCGAGGCUGCGUUGGAGGAUCCGAACGCGUCGUCCGCGACGAGGGAGGAGGACGCGCGGUCCCGGGGGUCCAGCAGCACUGGCACCACCGACAGCGAGUCCCCCGAAGUGAACCAGCCGCCACCUGGCAACGCUCAGGGGGGCUUCCUUAUUCCGCGACCGAGAUUGAUCGUGCCGGUUCAUACCUACGCGAGGAGAAGACGCACUGGUGCGCCGCAACCCAUAAAGAGACGUCAAAUACGCGAAGAGGGUAAGGUCGAGGUGUCGAGGGACGACAAAUAUCUCAGCACUUUGCAACACGGUAAGGUGCUGGGUGAGCUCGCGAUUCUUUACAAUUGCAAGAGGACAGCGACGAUCACUGCUGCGACUGAUUGCCAAUUAUGGGCCAUCGACCGGCAAUGCUUCCAAACCAUUAUGAUGAGGACCGGCCUCUCGAGGCAGGCCGAAUACACGGACUUCUUAAAGAGCGUGCCAAUUUUCAAAAACCUGCCUGAGGAAACUCUAAUCAAAAUUUCAGACGUUUUAGAGGAGACGUUUUACAACAAUGGGGAUUAUAUAAUAAGACAAGGAGCCAGGGGGGACACAUUCUUCAUCAUCAGUAGGGGACAAGUACGCGUAACAAUAAAGCAGCCUGAUACAACGGAGGAAAAGUAUAUUAGAACUUUAAGAAAGGGCGACUUCUUCGGCGAAAAGGCUUUACAAGGAGAUGAUCUCAGAACGGCUAAUAUUAUCGCUGAUGAUCCAGAAGGAGUGAGCUGUUUGGUAAUAGACCGCGAAACGUUUAAUCAAUUAAUCUCAUCCUUGGACGAAAUUCGAACGCGAUACAGGGACGAGUUGGUGGAACGUAGGAGAUUAAACGAAGAAUUCCGAGAUGUACGGUUACAAGACCUUCGGACUAUUGCGACUCUCGGCGUGGGUGGUUUCGGAAGAGUUGAAUUAGUUCAAAUUGCCGGAGACAGCACACGAUCCUUCGCUCUGAAGCAAAUGAAGAAGGCUCAGAUUGUCGAGACGCGACAGCAACAGCACAUUAUGUCAGAAAAGAGGAUCAUGAGCGAAGCGGAUUGCGAUUUUGUAGUCAAACUAUUCAAGACUUUUAAAGAUCGAAAGUACCUCUACAUGCUGAUGGAAGCUUGCUUGGGUGGCGAGUUAUGGACCGUUCUCAGGGACAAGGGACAUUUCGACGAUGGUACUACGCGCUUUUAUACUGCAUGCGUUGUGGAAGCAUUCGAUUAUCUGCACUCCAGAAACAUCAUCUAUAGAGAUCUUAAACCGGAAAACUUACUUUUGGAUAAUCAAGGAUAUGUUAAACUUGUGGAUUUCGGUUUUGCCAAACGGUUGGAUAACGGAAGGAAGACGUGGACUUUUUGUGGUACACCAGAAUACGUGGCACCGGAAGUCAUUCUAAAUAAAGGUCAUGACAUAAGCGCCGAUUAUUGGUCCCUUGGCGUUCUCAUGUUCGAAUUACUUACGGGUACGCCUCCUUUUACCGGCGCUGAUCCAAUGAAGACGUACAACAUUAUCUUAAAAGGAAUCGACGCCAUAGAAUUUCCCAGAUCCAUCACGCGUAACGCAAUGGCGCUCAUCAAAAAGCUUUGCAGGGAUAAUCCGGCAGAACGUCUUGGAUAUCAAAGAGGCGGCAUCAGUGAAAUACAGAAACACAAAUGGUUCGAUGGCUUUAAUUGGGAAGGUCUGAAAACGAGGACUCUGGAGCCCCCAAUACUACCCCGUGUUCAAGGCUCUACAGACACUGCGAAUUUCGACGCUUAUCCAGCUGAUUCCGAUCCACCGCCACCCGACGAUAUUUCCGGUUGGGAUAAUGACUUUUAACCCAAAAAGUUGAAGGGACUUCUAUUUAAUAUUCGCGUUUUUACUAGCAGGAAAUUGUAAUAGGACGUAACGAUCUCUCGAUCAUACGAGAUAAUUGGCGACACCUGCAUUUAUUUAUACUUCUCUCGUACUACGUGAUAUACAGAUUACAGUCGCAUGUUAUCAUAUUUUUACAUUUUUUGUCAUAUCUCGCAGUAUAAUCGUGAUUCGAACGAAGGAAACUGCACUGUGAUAAAAUUUAGAAUUUUUAUGAAUUUCGGAUGAUAUUAGCAAAAAUUUAAAAAGAAAGCUUUAGUACUGCGAAUCUUGUAUUUAUGUCGCGUCUAGCGGGCUCUAGAAAUAUCUUCUCCAGUGUUACACAUUGUAAUAGGAUACGUAUGCAAGUGUCAAGUGCCAUUAUUACCUCGAAGAGGUAAAUUCAUACAUGUCAUACUUGUGCUCAGAAACGCGGUCACACGCAAGAAACAGUCAGCUCAAGUCCAAGGGACCUCUUGCCAUCCAUUUAGCUUGUCAGAAUGUGCAUGUAGCUCGAUCGGUCAGAUGUUAAAUUUUUUAUGGCAAGUUCAUUGUUGUUUGAUUUACUUUUUAGAGUUUAUUGUAAUAAUUAUAUUUUAAUUAAUUAUAAAUAACAUGACUAUUGUAAAUAAUGAAUUAUAAAUAUCAUAUAAAUUUUAAAUGUGGAUUGUAUAUUAUGCAAUAUACAUAAACCAAUGCUACCUUUUGAACAUAAACAAAGUUUUAUUAAUAACAACUGUAGGUGUGGCUCCAAGAACCAACCAAUUUCGUUUUUUUCAGUGACUUGUAUCAUUUAGUCACUUUUCUAAUAGUAAAUAAUAAAAAGAAGGAAAGAAAUUAUAUAAUUAUUUUAUUAUACUUGCGAAAAGCGUUAUCUCAUAUUAUAAAUAAUAUAGCAAAAUAUUUGAGAAUAAGAUUCAAAUAUAUGGCGUACUGUAUCUUAUUAUUUGAAAAAAUUAACUUGGCUGGUUCUUUCUCUUUUAGCCAGACCUCCAAUUGUACCGGAUAUACAUAAACGCGUUUAUUGACUUUGUCUAUACAUAUAAAGUUCUCAUAUUUCGAAGAAUGGCGAAUGAAAGGUGAAAAUACUAUGAACAAUGUUUUAACACUUUAAUAAAAUUACGAAAAUUUAAUAUC